UGUUAUGAAGAUCGCGUGCGCCACGGUCACUACCGCGCGCGCGCUCUCACAUUCUCUCGCUGUCUGUGUUACUUUGGAAGUACAGAAGCUCCGGGUGGCAGGAAACCAGCAUUGUGCCGUAUGUACGUCCGGACUGUCUGUCGCAACAUGAAAGAAAAUGGUCAUAACUGAUGGGGCCAAGGAAAAUAAAUCAGAAAGCAGUGUUCAGUGAAAGAAUAGAAGGAUACCAUGCUGUGACUUCCAGCUGUUAUGGGCUGCUACAGGAGCACACCCUGUUUUUAUGCCCCGCUUGAGCUCAUCUCUCUUGGUCAAUGGCCGACCUUAUUUUCAAUACCAUUUAGGCUGGUAAAUGUUACGGAAUUAGUGUAAGUUAGCUGUGUUUGUCCUUUUAAAUAUCCUAAAACAAAGGUUUUACAGCUAGCCACGAGGUGUGGUAGAGAUGUGAAACCUGCCCGCACAGAAUGGGCACAGGAUUUGUGUUGGUAUCACAAUCGCAAGAUGAAGAUCUACGAAGAAGAACGUUAAGGAAUGGAUCACAUAACUUUCUGGAGAUUUGGAUUUUAAUGUUUUCUUUUUAUACCACAUUAUAACUUGAUUAGGGACCUUAGCCACGCAACUAUUUCUUGAUUAUGAUAUCAAGUCUUAUAAAAAGUGACGAGAUGUGUAACAUCUCAGCUUCCUGUAAUGUUGAUUCAAACAUUGAUCAAUUCUUUCAGCCCGUGCUGUACAUUAUUGUUAUCAUCCUUGGCUUCCCAACAAACUGUAUGGCUCUGUGGGCUGCCUACUUGCAGGUGAAGCAAAAAAAUGAGCUGGGAAUCUAUUUGAUCAACCUUUCUGUGGCUGACCUUCUUUACAUCGCCACAUUGCCACUUUGGAUUGAUUAUUUCCUCCAACACGACAACUGGAUCCAUGGGCCCGGGGCUUGCAAGCUGUUCGGAUUUAUUUUCUAUACCAACAUAUAUGUCAGCAUUGCUUUCCUCUGCUGCAUUUCUGUGGAUCGUUAUUUGGCAGUGGCUUAUCCACUUAAGUUUGCCAAAGUACGUCGGGUCAAGACAGCCAUUAUGGUCAGUUCUGUGGUGUGGAUUAUAGAGAUUGUGGCCAAUUCAGCACCACUCUUUCACGAUGAGCUGUUUGCAGCCCGUUUCAAUCGUACCUUCUGCUUCGAGAAGUAUCCAAUGCAAGACUGGGUAGCAGGCAUGAACCUCUACCGAAUCUUUUUGGGCUUCUUGGGUCCCUGGUGCUGUAUGUUAGCAGCCUACAAGGGAAUAUUAAAGGCAGUGCGUGGCAAUGUUUCCACUGAGCAGCAAGAGAAAGCUAAGAUCAAGAGAUUAGCCCUUAGCCUCAUCCUAAUAGUACUUCUUUGCUUUGGACCCUAUCAUAUACUUCUGCUGGCACGCAGUGUGCUCUUUCUCAGCAACCCUUGUGACUGUGGAGUGGAGGAGUAUUUAUUUACUGCCUACCAUGUAGCCCUCGCUCUCACCAGCCUCAACUGUGUGGCAGACCCCAUCCUCUACUGUUUUGUGAAUGAAGGAGCCCGCAGUGAUGUGAGCCGUGCUCUGACGACCGUGAUGACUGCCCUUCACCGAGGGAAAACCACAGACAUGUUAAUGGGGGGUUCCAUUACUGUAGAAACACCCUUGGCAAGCAAGAAGUCAGAUCCUUACGGAGACGGCAAAACUAAUUCCUACAAAAGUGAAAUUGAAACACUGAAGGAGGAGUGUCUUCAAAUGACCAAACUUAGUGUUAAAAAAUGAAGUGAUGCAGUAUAUAUGUAAGCACACAUAGAUCAGGAGAUCUUCAGGGACCUGAAACCUCAAGUUUCUUCACAGAGUAUGUCAACAAUGUUGGCAUUUAUAUACAUUGUCAAUGUAAAAAUCAGCGCCUUGAAUGUUAUACCAGAUGCCUUGUUUUAUCACUGUUUGCAUACUGUAAUUUGUAAAUGAUACAGUUUUCCCUUCCAAAAAUAAAUUUAACACCUUACUUGCCCCUGUUAACUUAUCUGUUACAAGCACAUUUCUUUAUUUAUAGCUCAUGCCACCAAGAACCUCAAAGCAAGACCACCAUGACAGAGCUCUAGCUGUAACAAGUGUACAACAUUUUUGCAGCAAAUUAUUACUUCUUUCAUGAUGAGACAACAGUUUUAUGCUUUAUUUAGAUUUUUUUUAUACUGUACACAAUAUUUUUUAUAUAUUUUUUAAUACUGUACACAAAGCACUAAAACUGUAGCAGCUUUGUAAAAAUCCUUACAAGUGAUUUAUUGUGAUUAAUUAUUUCAGAAGAAAAUGCAGUUAUCUUAAAAAGGCUAAAACUAUAAAUCUAGUGAACAUUAUACAUACUCCAUAAUAUUGUCAGUGGAAUACAGUAUUGUGCAAGAGUCUUGAACCACCAGGCAGUUCUUCCUGUUCAGUUAAAUUAUGCAGAUUGCAUUAAAGAAAUGGGAACAAAUGUUUUACUGUGGCAGGCUGUAAAAUGCCUAAAGAUGCAAUAUAAAAAAUAGUUGUUUACUGUAUGUUACCACCUCAGCAGCAACCCCAUUUCCCCUCUCAUCUUUUCCAACAACUCAGCAUUUAGCAUUACUAGUACAGUAUACUAACCACCGGCCUGAUCAUCUGUCAUCAUCUUCACUUGUUUCCUAAUGGUUCAUGCUUAAAGUUGAAUUGUGUUUUUUGCCCGAAUAAUUCAUACUGUGUAGCCUACCAAAC